UGUGGAUGUAUCCUCCGUGCUUAUCUUAUCUCACGAAUUGACACGGUGUCUCUCGUUGUAGCUCUCCGUAGUUUCGUUCAGUUUUCUUCUGGGAUCAGCCCGAUGUGUACCGUGAAAUUGCACGCACGCUUUCAAAUUCCACGUUCGAAUUGAUUAAUUUCUAUAAUAUACAAGCACGAUGUUUUAAUCUAUUGCCUUCGCUCCGGGAAGACGUAAUCGCGAUCUCCAUCGUUUCAUCGAGAUAACUUUCCCAUUGAGAAUACGUGACCGUUUUAAAGUUCUCAAUGCUUCGUCCAUUUUUCAAGAAAUCCGGACGAGAUUCGUUUCAUAUUGGAACGUUCAAUUAUUUGUUCCAACCAAUGGAUCUCGGAAAGGUGGAGGAAGAAACGAAACGUCGGACGAGUAACUCUUAGAUUUGUCACUGAGAAAGUGGGAGUUUCCAUUUUUCUUUCCCUCGAUUGGCUAAAUGGGACAAUUAUGCGAAAAAGGAUGGGCAGAAUUGGGCAGGCACGGGCUCAUUUUCAUACCUUCCUACCAAGAGGUCCUUUAUCCUCACGGCAGGUAGUGGAGAGACAACUCUAUUUUAUGAUAGAUAGUAGUUGAGUUGAGACAACACGGAUCAUUCUUGUGCGGCAAGUGUUAGGAUAAACAUCGGCAGUGAAAAUUGAAGCGUGCAUCAGAUAUUCAGAGUAACUGAAGUGUCAAGAUAUCAAACCUACGUGAUGGGAAAGAGGAAGAUCGCCGAACAAAAACCUAAGGAGAAGACGUAUGAAACGGCAGAUAUCCCGGAAUAUCGGGAGCCAACUGAUUUGGAGAAAGAAUAUCGUGAUUUUCCGGAGGAGAAGUUGUGGAGCCCGAGCGAAGAUGUCGAUAAGUGGUUUCCCGAUUAUAAUGUUAUGGCACGGUCUGUCUUGACUUUUGUGCAAGAGAAGCAGGGUGUUUCUAACGAGGAAGCCAUGGAAAACGCAUGUUCAGGAUUUGCGGAACAAUAUAUUACGGACGUUCUUUUUCAUUCUGAAUACUUGCCAGAAGUAGCAUUAAAAAAAUUACUCAACAAAGAAUUACCUCGAAAAUUGGUGGAAAAAUGGAGCCCCGAAGAUAUUAAAAUUUUCGAGAAAGGCUUUUUAACUUAUUGGUCAAAUUUUGGUAUAAUUCAGAGGAAACUGCUUCCGCACAAAAAUGUGGAGGACAUCGUAGAGUUUUAUUACGUGUGGAAACGGACCGAAGCCGGAAGAAAACUGAAGCGUUCCUGUACCCGCCGACCUAAACGGUUCACCAUGCGUCGUAUUUCCGCGGAAUUGUCAUUAAUAAAGAAGAAUUCCGCGAAAAAUUCCGUUCGAAAAGUUUCAAAAGCUCCUCCGAAGAAAAAAGGGAAGAAAAAUUGUAAAUUGGUGAGGAAAACGACGAGAGCUUCGAAAGCGAAUCAGAAGACGAAAAAAAAAAAUUGUUCGACCGCUAAACAAUAAUGAACGAACGAACGAACAAACGAACGAUCCUUAAUAUUGUGAUUAUGACAGCUUUCAAGACUGAGAAUCGUAUCUUCCAAGAUAUUGAUCACUACAUUCAUUUUCUUUCUUCUAUUCUACAUACAUCGCCCACGCCACAUUCUUUCUCAAACCAACA